AUGGGAAACGUCGGGAGCCGCUUGGAUGAUUCCGGGACCUUAUAUUUCAAGGAUCAGACUAGGUUUACGGUCGCGUCCGUGACAAUAACCAAUUCCCGACGUCGGGUGCUUUUGAAUUUAGUCCCAAACUCUUACCCAGCCACUCGAUACUCCGCCAAGCGCGAUGUUGGGGAUGACAGCCCGAUCGAAUACGUACAGGACCCCGACCUUUCUUCCUCCGCCGCAGCGCCGACUUUUCUUCUGCGCCUGUCCAACGAUGACGAAUUAAAUUUCAACUUUACUUUCAUACUCAGGCAAACGCAAACCGGAAAUGCCGCAAGUUCUACCGUCAAUGGGGUCUCAACUUCGUUACCAGAAGUGGCCGAUACGGUACUCACCGGCCUUACGUUUGCGCAUGCCCCCAACUCGAAGGAAUUGGACAACCUGAUCACUCGGGAAUUCCAUGCCAAUCCAAACCUGCAGAACAACUCCAACGUGCAGUUUGUUGGGGAUUACUCGACGGGAGGCAGCCCGUCCGUUCAGUUCGAUUGGUCUUGGAAAUGGAAACCCCCGAAGACCGUGGAGGACAAGGGAGGCGGAUGGCGCAACAGUUGUAGCUUUCUGGACUAUGAUCAGAGAGCUAACCGAUUGAACACCCUCGCUCAUUUUUCAUUUUGGGUGCAGAAUUCGGUACGCGCGUUGCCGAGCCCGCAAAUAUUGUCCCCCAACCUGGACCUCCUUGUCCCUCCACCCCGUAAUCGGGUACCCUCCUCCCACUCCAUUCUUACUCAUUCCAGUGAAGCGGACAUGUUGCCCAACAACCCGGACCUGCCAAGCACGCCACCAGAAAAUGGCGAUGCCGUGAUCGCAACACAAGCUUCCGCGCCUCCUCCGGUCAAAGUCGACCUUCCCCAGCGGCCCGGCGAAGACAUGAGUGUGGUCGAAGACGGCCCGCUCUUUCGGGCUACAAUGAAGGCCAUGGAGCAGAAGACGGGCAAUAUGCGCGCCAAAAUCAAGAAAGUGUUGAAGAAGGCGGAGGCGGCCCAACAGGCGCAGAUCGCUUGCAACGAUGCGUCGGAGGCCUUCCUAUCUGCCCUGAACGAUGCAUCGACCUCUAAUGCGAAUGCGAUCCAACCGGCACUGGAUCAUUACUUCGAGAAAAUAGCCCGGCAGAUCUUGAAUUACGAGCGACUGAACACUAUCCAACUCCAAAAACUCGUCAUAGAACCCUUGGUCAAACUCUAUCAUAAUGACAUCAAGCAGGCUGAAGCCAAAAAGAAGGAAUUUGAGGAGGAGAGCAGAGAUUAUUAUGCCUAUGUUAGCCGUUAUCUUGGACAACGCCAGGAUUCUUUGAAGGAGAAAAAACGAGCCGAAAGUGAUUCGAAAUAUCAAGCGAAGAGACGAACUUUCGAGUUAAAGCGCUUCGACUACUCCUCGUUCAUGCAGGAUUUACACGGUGGCCGUAAAGAACAGGAAGUUCUCUCACAUCUCACCAGAUUCGCUGACACGCAAGCGAAAAGCUUCCUGGCUGCCGCCAAGAAGAUCGAUGACAUGACACCCCAGCUGGAUGCUCUCAUUCACGAAGUCAGUCAGGCCGACAAAGAGUUUCAGUUUCAGAGAACCGAGAGGGAAGAAAAACGACGGGCUUUGGAGAAGAGCAGUAACACUUACGUGGAGCCCGAUUCUGUGGCUAGUUCAACGAUACCGUCGGCCCUGCCGGGCAAUGGCAACGGGAACCAGAAAUCCGACAGCGAACUGGGACGCGCGGAUAGUACGGGCUCUCAGCUACGGAAUGUAAUCAGCAACACUUCUUCGCUAUCAUCACAGGCCAAUCCCUCAAGUGUGAAUAAUCCUCCGGCGGGACCGCCUUUAACACCAUCAACUGGCUCAAGCGGUCAGCAAAGAAAAGAGGGGCUUCUCUGGGCCUUGUCCCGGCCAGGGUCUCAUAUUGACCCUAAGGGCAUCAAUAAACAAGCCUGGCACAAGUUCUGGAUUGUCCUUGAUCAAGGCAAACUUUCGGAGUAUAGCAAUUGGAAGCAAAAGCUCGAUCUACACAUGGAUCCAAUAGAUCUUCGGAUGGCCUCGGUGCGGGAAGCUCGGAAUGCAGAGCGGCGAUUUUGCUUCGAGGUCAUCACCCCUCAGUACAAACGCAUUUACCAAGCGACUUCUGAGGAGGACAUGAAUAACUGGAUCCGAGCCAUUAAUAACGCUUUGCAAAGCGCGGUUGAAGGCCGGGGCAUGUCUUCACCUCCGCUUUCGGCCGGCAACGAUGGUUCGUCCGUCGGCCGUGACAUUGGCUCCGUCUUGACGGGCAAGAGCUCCUCGUAUUCAGGACAGCACAACACGUCGACGGCGUCCAAUAACAACGUGAUUCGCCGCACCACUGUUGGGGCUCGGCCAAGCUACGUCCGUGAUAGUCACAGUUUCGAAGAAAACCCUUCCAAGUUGCUUCAGACCGUUCGAGACGCCGAUCAAGGCAAUAAUUGGUGUGCGGAUUGUGGAUCCACAUCAAAGGUUGAAUGGGUUUCGAUCAAUCUCGGCAUUGUUUUGUGCAUUGAGUGCAGUGGCAUUCAUCGAUCCCUCGGGACGCAUAUCUCCAAGAUCCGAUCCCUUACGCUGGACGUUAAUUCCUUCUCCAACGACAUUGUCGAGAUCCUCUUGCAGAUUGGCAACCGUGUGAGUAACAUGGUCUGGGAGGCGACAUUGGAUCAAUCCCAGAAGCCCAUGGAAACGUCAACCCGGGAGCAGCGGCUCAAGUUCAUCACUGCUAAAUAUAGCGAGCGAGCCUUUGUGCAGCAGCUGCCCUCACCGCUGUCACGCUUCGCCUCCCCGGACGAAUCGCUUCUUGCCUCUAUUAAACGGAAUGAUAUCCAGGGCGUGCUUUACGGUAUCGCGCUUCGCGCCAACGUGAACGUCACAGAUCGCUCCCGCAAUACACAUGCGGUUUUCCUUGCUCUGGCGGCUGCGGAUCCAGCGUCCCCAGGGUCGAGUUCCUCAACUCUUCCGCCAAGGCCGAGUACUGCGACUUCCGUUAAGAUCAUCCCGUUCCCGAUUGCCGAGCUUCUUGUCCAGAAUGGAGCCGAGAUACCCUCGCAGCCUCCCCCAAUCCCUUUGUCCUCCGCCGCUCAACUGUACCUCAACCAGCGGACCGCACGGGUGCCAGCUUUUGGGGUCCCCCCUCUACAGCCCGCAUCUGGAAAAUCAAGUGGCAAUACCCUGGGCACUCUUCCUAGCCUACGGGGCGGAGGAAAUGAUACCGUGCCAUCGUCACAAGGACCGAGCUCCUUGGACAGCAAAGAACGCGAGAAGCUACAGAAGAGAGGCAGCGCGGGUGCCAGGUUUGCCGGCAAGGUCGCAUCUUUAGGCAUCGACCGAUGA